GAGCGCGCCGCGCCAUGGCCGCCCGCGCCUGCCUGGGAUGGGACUUCAGCACGCAGCAGCUGAAAGUCGUUGCUGUUGAUGAGCAGCUGAGAGUCAUUUAUGAGGAUAAUAUUCAAUUUGAUAAAGACCUUCCAGAAUUUAGGACUCAAGGUGGAGCCUAUGUUCACAGUGACAGACUAACAGUCACUUCUCCUGUGCUGAUGUGGGUUAAGGCUCUGGAUAUGCUUUUGGAAAAGAUGAAGUCUUCUGGAUUUAAUUUCUCUCAAGUGAGAGCAUUGUCUGGUGCUGGUCAGCAACACGGGAGUGUGUACUGGAAAAAAGGAAGCGCUGAGAUUUUAAAGAAUGCAUCAUCUGAGCUGCCUUUGCAUCAUAUACUAAAGGAUUGUUUUUCUGUCAGUAACAGCCCCAUCUGGAUGGAUUCUAGUACAGCUUCCCAGUGCAGCUCUCUGGAGAAAGCUGUUGGAGGAGCACAACGUCUAGCUAAUAUCACUGGUUCUCGAGCCUAUGAGCGUUUUACAGGAAACCAGAUAGCAAAGAUUUACAACCAGAAUCCUGAGGUCUACAUGCAAACUGAGAGAAUCUCUUUGGUUAGUAGUUUUGCAGCUUCCCUUUUUCUCGGAGCUUAUGCACCCAUCGAUUACAGUGAUGGUUCUGGGAUGAAUUUGCUGAAGAUUUGUGAAAAGGUAUGGUCAGAGUCUUGCCUUGAUGCUUGUGCACCUGGAUUAGUGGAGAAACUCGGAUGCCCUGUGCCAUCCCACUCAGUCCUGGGGCCCAUUUCUCCUUAUUAUAUUAAGCGUUACGGGUUUAGCCCAGACUGUAAAAUAGUAGCAUUUACAGGAGACAAUCCAGCAUCAUUGGCAGGGAUGAGACUUGAAGAAGGAGAUAUUGCAAUUAGCCUUGGCACAAGUGACACAUUGUUUCUUUGGAUCCAAGAGCCAACUCCUGCCUUAGAAGGUCAUAUCCUCUGCAACCCUGUUGACUCUCGAGCGUAUAUGGCACUUUUAUGUUUUAAGAACGGCUCUCUGAUGAGAGAGAGGAUCAGAGAUGACUGUGCUUCAGGCUCCUGGGAUGAAUUCUCCAAAGCCCUAACGUCUACUGUUGCUGGAAACAACGGAAACUUGGGUUUCUACUUUGAUGUGAAGGAAAUUACUCCUGAAGCUGUUGGGAUUCACAGAUUCAACAGAGAGAACCAAAAGGUUUCAGCCUUUCCAAAGGAGGUGGAGAUACGAGCGUUGAUUGAAGGGCAGUUCAUGGCCAAGAGGAUUCAUGCUGAAAAGCUGGGAUAUAAAGUCAUGCCAAGAACAAGGAUUUUGGCUACUGGUGGUGCAUCUCACAAUAAAAUGAUCCUACAGGUCCUAUCUGACGUGUUCAACGCACCAGUGUAUACUAUCGAUACCACCAACUCUGCUUGUUUAGGAAGUGCUUACAGAGCAAUUCAUGGGCUUGUGGCUGAGACCAGUGUGUCCUUGGCUGAUUUUGUGAAAUUAGCACCAGAACCUAGACUGGUUGCUACACCAGCUACCAGGGCUGAAGAGCUCUAUCGUCCACUUCUGGAGAGAUACGCAGAGCUUGAACAGAAGGUGAUCUGCAACCCAACCUCUUCUUGUCUGGCAAAAUAAGAAGCAAACAAAAUUUAUAAGUCGGAUGAAGAGUGGACUGCCAAGGAGAAGAUCAGAAGAUAUUUUGAUCAGAGUUUAUUGGAGUUGUUUAAAACGUUCUAUUGCAUUUCAUGUCUUAAAAUAGCAUAAUGAAUAAUUUUUAAAUGGCUACUUUUGAGGAUGUUGGAGGAAAAGUUACUUGAAAAUCUGAUUAAAUAGCAUCACAUCGUUCUAUAUGUCUUUGACAUAAACUUUUCCUGAGUACUUUUCUGGUUGUGCUUACUGUUUUGGAAUAGCUGGAAUCACAUGCAUUUUAUAUCCAAAUCUCUAUACCUGUCUGUACCAGAUUCGAUUCCAUGUGUUCAGCAUACUGGCCUCUCUGCAUACGUUUUUAGUACUGUAUUCUGCAAUCUGUCCCACUUAAAUCUUUUGAUGCUAUCUUUCUGCAUGUCUGUAAUUUAUCUACAUUUAUAUGCUUACCUACAUAAAAUCCACAAAAAGCAUAAGCCUACUGACUUAAUUCCAUCCCAUCAGAGACGUGUGGUGUAAAGGCCGAUUACAGUUUUUGAAUAUGCAGUGGAACCGCCGGAGAAGGGGAAUUCUUGCUACCUGCCGUUACAGCACAUCUGUUGUGUGAUGCAGAAUGAUGUGUUUGGAUUGUCUAAGUCCAGGAAAGCAGAGAUUCUUGUUGAAUUUGGCCUGUGUGAUAUAGAAAGUGCAGCACAGUAUUUUGCUUGACAUCAGUUUUGCAGAAGAGAAAAAAGGGAUAAAUGUAGAGAACAUUGUACAGUGUUUCCCUUCUGUAGCAGAAAGCAGAGAGUCGGCUCCAUCUGCACACUGGCUUAGGGUAGUAAUGUUUCCUUUCCUCCUUCAGGUGUUUUGGCCCUGAAAUUCUCUGUUUCAUGCUGAGUGUGAGUGCAGAAAUAGGGCCCUCCUCCCAACAGGGCAUGAAGGUCGCUAGUUAUUUAUGCUGUCAAUAUGCCAUUUCUUUCUCGGAGAUCCUGAGCAAAACUGGUGACUGUCUUGCUCUGAUACUACUCAUCUACUCCGAAUGUUUUUAGUCCAGGUUAAGUAGAUGUAGCUGAGGCAGUCUUAAAUAAAAUAUAGACCAGGAGAUCAUUUGGCAGAGAUGAGCAAGAGCUGCAGAAUUUGAACAAACAUCCUAAACCACCCUGAGCAAGUGGAAACUCUUUAUUGCACUGUUGUGCAGUGCAAGUAUUUCCCUUAGGAUAAAAAUUUCUUCUGAGAGUGAAGUGGGCUUUAUUUUUUUUUUUUUUAAUUUUUUUUAAUAAAAGUGGCUGGACCCUUUCUUCAGCUCUUGUAGAAGUCACAAUAUGUCUCGGGAAGAAGCCAGAGAACUGCAGGAAGUGAGUAGAGGAUCUCUCUACUGAGUGUUUGAGCUCUGCCUUGGAGAGCUGGGUUACGUCCCUACCUGAGGUGGGUGGCUCAGAUUUGUACUCUUCAUAUUGCUGUGGGCUGCGAGCACUCGCAGUCGCUGGUGCAUCUCCACUGUGAGGGUGGGAAGCCCCGGGAGCAGCAGGGGAACGGGCACGUUCCUCCCUUGCUCUCCCUUUUGCAUUGAAGCGCUUUGUGAGUAUGACCAGGGCCUUUUUUGUUCACAGCAGAAUAAUUAUAACUUCUCUUGAUAAUAGCAAGAUUACUCAGCAAGGCCAAGCAUUACGUUUCUGGGUUUCUAAAGCACGCUUCUUUUAAACAAUUGCUUUAAGAAGUGGCGUUAUAAAUACACAUUUAUCUCUUUUAUGUGCUUAUUAUUCUGAGUCCUGAGGUGCAGCGCUAAAACGCGUACCGCUUCUCACAGGCCUCCACCUUCAGCAGUCGUUUUGUCCCUGGGCAAGCCUGUAGAGAAGUGCUGAAGAAUUAAAACAAAUGUAAGUUAAGCAAUUCACAGCAGCAUUGCCAUCAUCAGUCUUUAGCUCUGCCUGCUACUAGUUUGGCAUCAAUCUAACCCACGUAAGGAAGGGUUUCAGGGAGGCAUUUUAGGUGCACUGGGUUUUGAUGACAAUUUUCUGAGUAGUUCAUUUGGCUUAUUAGGGUUAGCGGACCCUGAUACAGCUUUGUGGCUUAUUUAUUUGCCUGUGAAAUGGGAGAAUCGGGGUCAGUUGCUUACUCAGGUUAAGAAGCUUGAAGCUCACGUUUCCCUGCUCGUAGCACAGUACAGUUAAUUAUAGGGAUGUUUUUUGAACGUUUCUAACUCGAUCAGUGGCUCCAAAUGAACCACUGAGGGUGUCAGUGGGGUAUUGCUCUGAAUGGGACAGCUAAUUUUGGGACCACUGCUUCUGGCUGCGCAAGGCUGCCCUGCCUGGUGGCCGUAACUAUCCAUUUCCAGCCUUGCUGUGUCGCGUUGAGCUGGCUUGGGGCUCUGUGAACUGUGCUUCACUGCGUGGUGUAGACGUGUCCCAUGUCGGCAUUAACACGCUGUUUCCUGGGGGUAAGUGCUGCACUGUGUGCUUGGUGCAGGAGUCCCAGGGAAAGGAGUCAGAGGCAAGGCUAUGAAAAACCAGGGGUUGAGCACCACUGAGUUAUAAACCCAUCACCACAGCAGUACUGUUAGGGCUGGCCUCUGAGGAAUGGUGUCUGGAGUAUAAGAAUUUAUAGACAAGCUCUUUUUUUUUCUUUUCUCCCAGCUCACCAAAGUUGCACAUGUUCACUGACCAGUGUCAGAUAGAAUAAGACUCAAUAAAUCUCCCCCUAGAAAAGUCUUUUGGAGAAAUGCUGCUCUAAGACUUCCGCCACUCUUCUCUCUCUGCCUUUCCCAGGAAUGCGCAUUAGCCUGCCAACAAACUGGGGGUUUCUUGCUGUCCCAUGUGCAUCCCUCUAAAAAGGCCCCCACUGGUGGAGGGAUCUGGUGCCCUUUGGUUUCCAAAUCAUGCUUGUUUUGUUGCCAGCUUGUCUACCUUAUGUUUUUCUGUCUUCUUGUUGAACAACUCUGAUUGUGUGGAGUAAAAAAAAAAGUGGUUAGUUAAUUAAUGUCUUUGCUAACAUGUAUCUAAAUGCAAACUAACACCUUCUACCUCAGCAUGUUUGAUUGAGGUUGCUUUCUCCCCUCCUUUGGUGACUUUGCCAUUUGUUAAGUUGAGCAACCUGGUAGUGCUAUCUUGUCUAUAAGGAAAGUUGGCUUCUGUGAUUAAAGACCUGCAGAACAGUAUUCCCCACCUAGACAGGUCUGCAGCUUGCAUGGAAGAAGGAAGUUGUUUGCUGCUGCCUGAUCUGCACCUGCUGUCCUGCACCAGCAAAGCUGGUUGAGGUUGCAGCCGGGUUGUGGCCAAAUGCGGGCAGCUCCCCUGCCUCAAGGGCCCUGCACCCUCAUCAGUGCAUCAGAGCUGUACUGGAUUUGCCCAUAUUCUUGUUGUACCAUGACCCAGGGAAAAACUGUUUUCUUUGCAGCCUGAAGUCUUUUGCGAGGCAACUGGAAACAAGCAGAAAAAGACGAUUGUUGUUUCUUCAGGGACGAGCUCAGGGAUCUGGAGCUCUGAUUGAA